AUGUCAUCAAACAAUAUUACAAUACAAAAAAAUUAUUUGAUGAAGCCACUCUCAGAAUAUUGGUUUAUCUCUGUACCUGGAGAUGGUACACCAAACGGUACUUGGGAAGAUUUGAAUUACUCCACUGUGGUGUAUAGUGAUAAUUUUAAAUUUAAUAUACCAGAUUUGAAGGUUGGAACACUUGAUCAAUUAAUUGGAUUAUCUGAAGGGUUAUCAAAACUCGAUUCAACUAUUAAUGGUAUAACUCAAAAAUUAGUUCACCAUUUUGAGGAUGUUCUUGAGGAAGGAAAAGACAAAUUAUAUGAAAAUCUUAAUAUUGAAGGAAAGGACAUUGAUACUUAUAUAUGUAAAUUUCAAUGGCAAGCUGCUAAGUAUCCAUUAAAACAGUCACUUAAAGCAUUAGUUGACAUAAUAAUGAAACAAGUUUCUUUAAUUAAUAAUGAUAUGAAAAGCAAAAUGGCAAAUUACACUAAUUUAAGGACUGCUUUAAUAAAUAUUGAUAAAAAAUCAAAUGGAUCAUUAUUGACAAAAGAUUUAUCUGGAAUUGUUAAACCUGAAUAUUUUGUUCUUAAUUCUGAAUACCUACAAACUGUAUGUGUUGUUGUACCAAAAAAUUUAUCAAAAGAAUGGGAAAAUGAUUAUUAUAAAUUGAGUGAUAAAGUUGUUCCUAACUCUAGUACUUUAAUAUCUGAAGAUGACAAUUAUUAUCUUUAUACUGUAACAAUAUUUAAAUUAGUUUUGGAUGAAUUUAAAAAAAAUUGUCAAAUAAAAAAAUUUAUAGUAAGAGAUUUUGUUUAUGAUGAGAAAACUCUCCAACAUGGUAAAUGUGAUAGAGAAAAUUUAUUUCAAGAGAUUAGAAAACAAUAUCCUUCACUUGUAAGAUGGUUAAAAAUAAAUUUCAGUGAAUUGUUUUCUGCACAUAUUCAUGUAAAAGCAUUAUCUAUAUUUGUUGAGUCAGUCUUAAGAUAUGGUUUACCAGUCAAUUUUCAAGCUGCUAUUUUAAAACCAAAAAAAGGCUGCCAAAAAAAGUUACGAAAUGAGUUGGGUCGUCUUUACCAUCAUCUUGAUGGACCUGGAACUGGAUCUAUAGAAAAUCUAGAUGAUCAAUUUUCUUUAAUGCAACUUAAUUGUAAUGAUUAUUAUCCAUAUGUUUACUGUGACAUCAAUGUUGACUAUAUUUAA